UUGUUUUGUCGGUCGUCUUACAAAGCGUUGAUUUCAUUCUCAAUCAGCACUUUGAAGGGAAUAAGUUUUUUUUUUUUUUUUUCUGGAUCGAGCAUGAAAAGGAAGGACGCUGCAAAGUCCAGACUCUAGACCGCAAAACCUCAAGUGCGCUUAGAAGGACCAGAAGACAAGACGGCAGAGGAAGCAGCAGCAGCAGCAGCAGGGGCACUGAAGGUACUGGACUGGAAGCGCACUUUCAGCUGCUUGGUGUUAAAAGUUUGUGCCCGACAUGGACGCGCGAAGUUAACAGCUGUCGGGGGACGCGACGCAAACGCGGACGCGCGGUGCGCAAAAGGCGCAUGACGCACGCACGGUAUGCAAGCAAAUAAACAAAGAAAAGAGACGAAUUCCCGGCACUCGCGUGGCAAAAAAAAAAAGAAAAGGGAAAAGAAGCUGCUGACCUGCUGAAGACCCCCCCGAGUGCUGGGCGUUAAUACGGGAUUUGGAGCUCUGCGCGGAGAGGAGGAGGAGGAGGAGGAGGAUAGAGAACACACACACACACACACACACACACACACAGAGAGAUAGUUCGAGGGCGAAGCGGCUAAUUGCCGAGUCCGUCCCUCAUUUCCAUAUCCGGCUGGAGCUUGGCCAAUCCGCUCUCGCGCACCGCCGUUAAUCGCGAUGCAUUAUUCACUAUCAUAAUUAUAUACCGGACUCUCGCGCGCGAAGCCGCAACCUCGCCGAAUUUUCCGAAUUUUUUUUUUUUAAAUAAUAAUAAUAAUAAUAAUUAUUAUUAUUGUUAUUGUUAUAUUUUUCCGUGCACCGGUCGUCCGCCGCCGAUGCGCGUGCAAAACGCGGGGCCGGGUGGCAGCGCAUCAUCAUCAUCAUCAUCAUCAUCAUCAUCACCAUCAUCAUCAUCUUCAUCAUGUCCCGACGGAAACAGGCCAAGCCGCAGCAUCUCAAAUCGGAUGAUGAGACUUCAGCAGCACUCGGGCUGGACUCGGAGAACGUCUCAGGCGAGAUCCUGGAUGAUGCUGACAGUGGUAAUGAGAGCCGCAGUGGUAGCGAGGAGACGCAUGUGUGUGAGAAAUGCUGUGCCGAGUUCUUCAAGUGGUCUGACUUCUGCGAACAUCUGAAGAGCUGCACCAAGAACCCACUUGUGCUUAUUAUUAGUGAGAAUGAGGUCACACCGGACCCGACACGGGAGUACCCAACUGAGCCCUCACCUGUGCCUAGCUGUCCGAGUGAGAACGCAGACAGCGAGGAGGCAGCCGAGGGCCGGCACACCCCAGCUGAAGUGGACGAUGUGGCUGAGAUGACUUUGGAGCAAGUAACCAGCCUUGACAAAGAUGAUGAGCCCAUGGAUAUGGAAAUGUCUCCUGAGAAAACACUGGACCCGGAAGAUCCAGAUAUAUCACCAGAGCCUGAUGUCAGCCUACCUCAGCUUGACACAGCCCAGCCUUCUGGGACAGGUUACAGUAUGCCCAGCACAAAUGUCACUUUGGAAACGCUGCACGGAACCCGAGUGGCUGUGGCGCAGUUUGCCCAAAGCUUCCGUGGGGCAAUAGCUAGUGGCAUGUCCACCAUGGCCAUCCCGAUGAUCCUGGACCAGCUGAUGGCUUUACAGCAGCAGCAAAUUCACCAGCUUCAGCUGAUAGAACAGAUCCGUAGCCAAGUGGCCCUAAUGAACAGGCAGAACCCUGCACAGGUGGCCCUCAACCACCAUACACACCACAAUACAAGUGGUGGCUCACAGCCAUCAUCUGCCACUGGCCUUCCUACAAUUCCCACUCAGCUCCAGUUACAUGGGUUCAUUACACCACCUGUCCACCAGCUCCCUAUAAGAGUUCCACCCACUUUAAGUGCCCAAGGUCCAACCUCAUUGUCUUCUGCCUUGGAAGGGGGUCACUCCCAUGCCUCACAGACAGGUAGCCAGCUGUCCAGUUCUAUAAUGAACAGUAACACCUCAACAAAUUCCUCAUAUCCACCGUCUAGCUGUACUGUAGUUCCUUCUUUGUUGCCACUUCAAAGUUCAGUCACUAGCAGCAGCAGCAGCAGCAACAGCAGCAGCAGUGGAGCUGUAACAGGCAUCAGUAGCAGUGUUUCCCUGCCUAGAAACACCUCAAGUCCUCCAACACUGACCCAUGGAAGCCUGCUGAGCUCCCCCUCCAACCUUCCCCUGAUGCCUCCGAGUUCCUCAAGUAGUGUCAUCUUCCCUAACCCUCUUGCCAGUAUUGCAGCCACAGCCAAUGCACUUGAUCCUCUCUCUGCCCUGAUGAAGCAUCGCAAAGGAAAACCCCCUAAUGUCUCUGUAUUUGACACCAAGCCUAGCUCAGAAGACCCCUUCUUCAAACAUAAAUGUAGGUUUUGUGCUAAGGUGUUUGGAAGUGACAGUGCCCUUCAAAUACACCUUCGUUCACAUACUGGUGAAAGGCCUUUCAAGUGCAACAUUUGUGGUAACCGCUUCUCUACGAAAGGAAAUUUGAAGGUCCACUUCCAGAGGCACAAAGAAAAGUACCCACACAUUCCAAUGAACCCCUAUCCAGUGCCUGAGUACCUGGACAAUGUGCCAACGAGCUCAGGCAUCCCUUAUGGCAUGUCGCUGCCUCCAGAGAAGCCUGUUACCACAUGGCUGGACAGCAAGCCUGUUUUGUCCACAGUCCCCACCUCAGUAGGCCUGCAGCUUCCCCCAACCCUGCCUAGUAUGAUAGGGGGUUAUGGAGAUUCACCUAGUCUUACUCCCAUAAGCAGGUCACCUCCAAGACCAUCGCCACCAUCAAGUGAGUGUGCAUCUCUGUCACCCAAUGUUCUCAGUACUGAAGUAAGCACAACCCUCACUUCAGCAUCUCCACAGCCCACCAUGGGGAGUGAUGCACCCCCAGUUUUGAAGCCAGAGGGGAUUCAUUUGCCAUCCAACUGCACCACCAAACCUGGGGAUACUAGCAUGCCCUUGACUACUGUGAGCCAGAUUGUUUUGUCAUCCACAACCACUACCACAACCACUACCACCACCCAGAUCACAGAUCCAGUGACUCCUCCGUCCUCUGGCUCUCAUUCUGCCCUUUCAAUGAUCUCAGAUCAGUUCAAGGCCAAGUUUCCUUUUGGUGGUCUUCUGGACUCUAUGCAAACAUCAGAAACCUCAAAGCUGCAGCAGCUGGUGGAAAACAUCGACAAAAAGAUGACAGACCCCAACCAAUGUGUCAUCUGCCAUCGUGUGCUCAGCUGUCAGAGUGCCCUCAAGAUGCACUACCGUAUCCACACUGGGGAAAGGCCUUUUAAAUGCAAAAUAUGUGGCCGUGCUUUCACUACUAAGGGCAACUUGAAAACGCACUUUGGGGUUCACAGGUCUAAGCCACCUCUACGAGUGCAGCACUCAUGUCCUAUAUGUCAGAAGAAGUUUACUAACGCUGUAGUGUUGCAACAGCAUAUUCGCAUGCACAUGGGAGGUCAGAUUCCAAACACACCUCUGCCUGAGGGUUUUCAAGAUAUGGACACAGACUUUAACUUUGAUGAGAAGAGUAUAGACAACAUGAGCAAUUAUGAUGAUGAGCUGAUUGAUGAAAUGGAACAGGCCAUAGAGGACGAACCGGAUGUCAAAGAUGGAGAUGUGGACCCAUUAAAACCAGCACAUUCAUAUGGAGAGAUGUCUCCUAGCAACUCUCCCCCAACUCCAGUCAUCUCCAGCAUUGCUGCUUUGGAAAACCAAAUGAAAAUGAUCGACUCAACAGCAAACAUGAGCCGCGCCUUUAGCCUGAAGCCCUCUGAGAACGGAAGUGGGAUCGGUGGAGAAAGUGGAGAUGUAUUUAACAACGACUCAUCCUCUGUCAUGGGAGACUUAGAGAACCACAGUGUGGGGAGUCCAGCCUUGUCUGAGUCAUCAGGCUCGAUGCAGGCUCUUUCUCCUGCUCAUAGUCAGCCUGAGAGCCAUCGUUCCAGGUCUCCGGGUUUUGUCAAUAACAACAGCAGCAAUGCAGCUGAGGAUAUCCAGGAUUCUGGUGCAGCUACAGCGACUGUGAAGUCGGAAAAGUCAGACACACCAUCUCCAGGUUCUGUACCAGCUGAGCACACUGGUGUGCUCGACCUCACAGCUGUUCAGCCUGUCAGGCCUUACGUUAAAGAGGAGAACCAGUUCAGCAUGCUGUUCUUAGGAAGAGAUCGAGGUUUAACUGCUUCAAGCUUGAUGAGCUCAGCACCUGGCUUAGUCAAACUCGAGUUGAACGGCCACAGCAAGCCGCUGUCUUUGAGUGAGGGCUCCCACUUGCACAUGGGCCUUCAGGUGCCUGCCGCAGCACCUCAGACAACGAUGAGCCCCAGCCUCAACCCAAUGCUGGCACCGCCUCCACCACGCCGGACCCCCAAGCAGCAUAACUGCCAGUCCUGCGGGAAAAACUUCUCCUCGGCCAGUGCCCUGCAGAUCCACGAGCGCACACACACAGGAGAAAAGCCCUUCGCCUGCUCCAUCUGUGGGAGAGCCUUCACCACGAAGGGCAAUCUAAAGGUUCACAUGGGAACUCAUAUGUGGAACAAUGCCCCAGCCAGACGUGGGCGGCGUCUCUCAGUGGAAAACCCCAUGGCCCUGCUGGGUGGUGAUGCAAUGAAAUUCAGCGAGAUGUUCCAGAAAGACCUGGCAGUUCGGGCAAUGAAUGUAGACCCAGGGUUUUGGAACCAGUAUGCGGCAGCCAUCACCAAUGGACUGGCCAUGAAGAACAACGAGAUCUCUGUCAUUCAGAACGGAGGCAUUCCUCCGCUUCCUGUUAGCCUCGGAGGAGGAAGCAUCCCUUCUCUGGCCAGCAUGUCAGGGGGCAUGGAGAGGGCACGCACAGGCAGCAGCCCUCCAAUGACUGGCCUCGAAAAGACAAGCCUGGAGGUGGGAACUGGACGUCCCUUCUCCAGGUUCCUGGAAGACAACAAAGAGAUCGGGAUCAAUUGAUAAGCCGUUGUCCAAUAGGAAGACACAAACAGACUAAGUAAAGACGUCGAAGGCUCCUCCUUAUCCAGUUUGGUCUCUUAUGUACUAUAUUAUGUACAGCUGAAGUUUGAUAUUCUGUUGGUUUUGGAUCUAUAGUAUUCGGUAUUGAGUAGAAGUAUUUCCCAUCCUCCCAUUUCGACUAUGAAGAAAAAAAAAGUUUCAUGUUUGAGAAAUUGUCGUCUUGCAAGAUUUGCAUGGUACUUUUAUUGGUUCUUAUCAGUACAUUUGACUGCUUUUAAGGAUUAUGUCACAUAAAAGAAGAAUAUCUUUACUCAGUUGAUCUCUAAAAAGGAAAAAAAAAGAAAUGAAAUGAAAUGAAGAGCAAUCUCUGAAGUGUGGAUAGACUGACUAAUGUUUACCUGGUUACAGUGUAUGUUUUGAGGUACAAGACAUGGGAUUAGGUGAAACCGAAAUACAUCGUCGUAACGUGUGCUUAUUUUUUUUUUUUUCCACUCAUGAAGUAGAUACUUGAUGGAAAAAAAAUGUUUGAACUAUUUUAAUCUUUGCAUUUAGUCUCUUGACAUUGUCUUAUAUUAAUGUCCGGUGUCUUUAGUAUUUAUAAUAUACACAAAAGCGGGUAUAAGAAAAUAUAUUUAACAGCCCCAACAUUUUAUUGAUCUUUGUUUUCUAAACUUUAGACUUCUAUUAUGGCUGUCUCUUUCAAUAAAGACAAAACGUCUCUUCAUCUGGCAGAUGCGGACACAUUGUGAAGUUUUAUUUGGAAAUCUAGCACAUGUCGGUGUAAUGGACCUGGUACAAGAUGAAAAAGCUAGGAUAUUGAAAAAGCUGCUGCCUUUACAGACUCGCUUUUAACAUUUGUAAAGACGAGAGACAGAGAUAUACAGAAACUUAUUGUGUAUAGAGUUAAAACAAAAUUGGUAUGCAUAUUUUGUAUCAUGAAAAAAAAAGGAUAUCCUGAUUUGAGAUUUGUCAUGUUUGUGAAUGCACUUUUUAGAGGAACGGUCUUGUCUGUGACUUAUCAUUAAUGAUCUGACUGAACUAUCUAUCUCAUUUUGGUUUUUUGUUUCGUUUUGUUCUGGGAUUUUUUUGUUUGGUUGUUUUUUGUUUUUGUUUUUUUUUUCAUUUUGCCCGUGGGGUUCUUAAAAUAUGAGUCAUGGAGAAACUUCUGGAAAAAACGAGGGUGAAGGAGGGGGACAGAUACGGCUCUGUACUGAAAUCUUCACCCCUUCACUCACAUCAAAUAAUAAAAUCGUAAGAAAGGA